AUGCCGUUUGCGCCAAGGCAAGAUAGCUGGGACUUCGGUAGCAAUAACGAAGAGGCCUCGGACGACGAGGAAGGUGAAGACUGGGAUGAGCUGGAGAAGAAGGCCAAACGCAAGGAUCGGGAGAGCGGGCUGGAGGAUGAGCACCGCAAGCAGAAGAAGAGACGAAAGUAGACAACACGUGAGGAUUGAGCAUUGCAUUGGCGAUGGUCUCUAGAGUCGGCUCACGCAUAGCCUCUAUGGAGUAUACUGGCUCACAGACUGUGUCUCUUCUCGUGGGAUGUGUUCAUGGCGACGCGAAUGUCUUGCAGACGAGCGUGCUUCUUUAAGCUUUGUGUGUUUCUCCGGUUUGUAAAUUAUAUUUGCUUUGAGGGGAAAAUGAGUAGUCCCGCUCCAGGAGGCAUUGGCAUAUCCUGAUGGCGCGAGCAGCAGCUGAACGAUAUGUGCCGGGUCGGAAUCGAGUUUGUUCUUAG